ACAUUUUAGCACCACCCAAUAUUUAAUGAUGGCGACCAGAAGCCGGAGCAAAUCGUCAGACAGAAAUUUAAAACCAACAAUCAUGGAAACAGAUGACGUUAGCAGAGAAUUUAUUGAUGGAAAUUCAAAUUCGAAUAAUUCCAAUGACGAUCCUUGGAGCCAAACUGUAGCAAAGGAGUUAAAAUCCCUUUCCUUUGCAAAUCCAGGAAAAUUUAUGGAUAAUUUUGACCCAGAGAGAAGUGCAAGGGAAAUGAGGAAAAUGAACAGAAGAAUUUACAGAGAAAAUAUAAAAAAGAACCAAAUGUAUGAUGAAUUAGGAUUAUAUCUGGAAAACAGUAAUGAUAUUUGUGACUGUUUAAGUAUGAACUGCCCAGGAUGCCAUUUCCCAUGUACUAAAUGUGGAUCAGAAAAAUGUGGACAAGAAUGUCGGUGUUGUAGACGAUAUAUCUUUGAAUCAAUAGAAAUCGAAGGAACAAAAACAGUGGUUCAAUUUCCUGAAGAAAUAACACCCUCCUUCACAUGACAGGACAUUCUAUUCUCAAUUUAGUGUAUUAUGUGAGAGAACAGGCACCAAGCAAAAGACAUGGUGAAUAGUAUCAAAACAGAAUGCAUUUAAGGAAAGAAAGGGACAACUGUGUUCCCCCACUUCUCAGAUGAGUUCAGAAAUGUUGACUGUUGUUGUAGAAAGAUGAACAAGUUUUACUUACUACAUGUACUAACUGUAAUAAAAGUCAGUAAAGUAGUUAUUUUUCAACAUUUAUAUUCUAAUAUUAAGUUAUUUUUCAUGGUACAAAUGCAUAUAUGUGGUACCUUUGUCUCAUGAGCAAUGAUUUGCAUUUUUAUUUACAAGAAGGUAUAAAUGCUUGUUAUCCAUAAUGUAUCUAACAUGAAAGAUAUCUGAUAAACAAUUUAAACCAAAAUAAAAAAAAACAAACUUUUUGGCAAAACAUUCAGCAUUGUUAAUUAUGCAAUCACUGAUUUUCCUUUAGUUAUACGGCAAAUGAUAUAAUGCUUUAGAAAAUGUUUAGAUUUAUGGAUUAAACAGAAAUGAGACUGA